CAGACGUUGCGAUCAGACAGCCAUAGGUAUCCGAAAUUAACAGUAUUCGCAAAAAUAGAACAUCAUGGACUCCUUGACAGACGAGAUAGAAGCCGUCCUUUUCGUAGCUCGAGAGGUCAUGGUCUACCAGAUCCCCCCGCGAACGACCACAGCUGGGUAUAAAGCUGCGGAAUGGAACGUCGAGUCGUUCCUAUGGAAGGGACGGAUGAGGGUGCUUGAUGUUGGAUCUCGGAGCGAAAUCCGAUUAGAGGAUCCCAACACUGGCGAGCUCUUUGCCCAAGUAAACUAUGUCAGCCCUUGGAAUCAGGUCGAGCCCGUACUAGAUUCUUCAAGGUACUUUGUGCUCAGAGUAGAAGGCGAGGGCGGGAAGAGAGCAUAUAUUGGGAUGGGCUUUGCCGAAAGAGGAGAAUCAUUUGAUUUCCAAGUAGCAUUGCAAUCAGUCACAAAACGCUCCCAAAAUAUCUCUUCCGCUUCAAAUCCAUCCGAACCUCCACAGCCAACCGCUCCCCCUAAGGACUACUCUCUCAAGGAUGGGCAAACGUUCACCAUCAAGAUUCCAGGUAGAGAAGGGAAGAAGCCUUCACCCAGUCAAACCCCAAGUUCUGGUGGCGGUGGCGGCGGUGGGCUCUUCUCUCUCCCACCUCCUCCACCUGGAAGAAGGGGUUGAUUCUUUACCAAUGAUACCAGUAAAACAGAUGCUAUGUACAGUACAUGUUUAGAAUCCACUAUGGUCUAUUGCCCGUGCACCGGUCCAGGCUUAAUCUUGCCUUUCUUCGCUGCUGCCUCUCCAGGGGCAUGGAUG